CGUAACGAGUUUUUAAUGAGUAUCGCAAGGAAAUCCUCGUUUCGUUGUUUCCUCAAGGAUGUUUGGCAUUCGCUUUUUGUAGAAGGUGUCGCACAAAGUUGUCUACGUAAGCAUCAUCAGCAUGGAUACGGGACUAGUUGCGCUACUUUUGUCAGCCGUGUUGUACCUAGUGGAAGGAAAUGUCACGCCUACUUCACCAACAGCUGCUCAAAGAUUUCAAGCUGAUAAAUUUUUAGACAUGUUAGGCAGGUCUUUCGAUCCACAGGUAGCUUACGUAGACUUGCUGUCUGCCCUACAUAAAAGGAUGCGUUUGGACCCUCCGAACAACUCUUCAGGGUCACCAAUAGACGCCGGACUGUCAGACCCCAACACAAUGGCUGAGGCUGCCAACAACUGUCCCGCGGCUCCGGCUAAAACUGGUGCGUCAGUUACAUACACGAGUGACAGACGGAUCGUAGGGUCAAGGGCGUUCUAUCAGUGUGAGACGGGGUAUGAAGGGAGGUCACUUUUUGUACAAUGUAUCAAUGGUGGUCAGUGGUCAGCGCCAAGUGGCUGGGAAGGUUGUAAACCAGUUGACUGUGGAGCCCCACCCCCAAGUGUUCAGUUUGCCGAAGCCUCAUUCACAGCUACUGUUUAUAAAUCUAUAGCACUCUACACUUGUCAACCUGGCUAUAAGAUAGACACACCCAAUGCAAAUGUUUCCUGUCUAGACACUGGCUAUUGGGACACCCCAACAUUCAAAUGUGAAAAAGUUUCUAUAAAUCAACUUCACCUUCCAAGUCUUCAGAAAGCUUUCAAUAAAAAUAUGGGAGUUGACCCAUCUGGCCUUGCAGCUUUGGGUGCACUGUUUGGUGGAGGGGGGAGUGCGGCAUCUAAUACUAACCAGAUUCAACAAAUCCAUCAACUUCAACAAUUGGCCACAACUUUACUUGGGGGAGGAACUACACAGCUCUUCAGAAAGGCUAAACAUAGGGCAACUAGUAGUAAGGGAAAUGUGCCAGAAAUGUUGCCAGCAUUACUCUCUCUGAGAUCCAUUCUCUCAUCACCAAAACCAACCAUCUCCAAACCACAGUACCUUUUCCCUCUCCACACUAACAGAGAUAGUAUCAACUAUCAAUUGCUCAUGGCAGCAAUACUCAAAAGUAUGCCAGGAUUCCCAGGCAUGGGACCAGUCAUCCCACCAACAACAACACCAGCUACAACUACAACACAGAAGCCUACAGGCCCCAGUUUCCCAAUGGGUGGCAUACAAUUACCAAAGCACUUAAUGAGCUUACUACCAAAUGGGAUAUCUUCAUCUCAUGGAAUGCGUCCACAAGAUCUGUUGACAUUAGCAUCAGCUGGGCUGGGGUCAGCCAGUGGCGCCGCCGCUCCAAGAGAUAUCACUCAACUUCUGGGCAGUAUGAACCCCAUGUCCAUGUUUUCACCUGGAAUGGGUCUGGGUGGACCUGGUGCGGCUGGGACAGGGGCAGCUGGUGCAGGAGCUGUUCCACCAGAUCCUGAAAAAAUGGCGGAGCAGAGAGAAGAAAUGAUGCUACGUGCUAUGAUGGCUAAUGCCAUGAAGUCAAUGAUGCAGCCUAAAGUGCCAGUUAAUGGAACAGCAACAACUCCAGCUAGGAAUUCUAACCCUGCAAUGGAUAUGAUGACACUGAUGGCCUUACAGAGCAGCCUGGGAGGAGGUGCUGGCUCUGCAGGUGGUGCAGGAGGUGGAUUUGAUCCAAUGGCAAUGAUGAUGGGAAUGAAUCCUGCAAUGCUUGGUCUAGGUGGUGGAGGUGCUGCAGGCGGAGGACUGUUUGGGGGUUUAUUUGGAGGAGCAUAAAGUUAAAAGAUAGUAUUUUAUAUAUAAGUAACAGUAUGUGUUUGACAGCCACCUUUUUUGACAGAGUUAUACCCCUUAUACUAUGUUUUCUUAUGAAAUAAAAUUGUAAACCAUAGAAACUGUUGAUUUGUAAUUUGU